AUGUCUGCGAUUGAACUAGAUUUGCUCCGGCGUGCCAUAAUUGAGGAAACAAAAUCCUAUUUGGUGACUACGGCGCAGUACGCCAAGACUGUGGAUGAUUGUGAUUCAAAAAUUGCGGAGAUGGACCAGGCCAUCGCAGCAAAGGAACGACACAUCAUUCAGCUUGAGGAUCUCAGGAAGAAAGAAAGGGCCAUGUAUGAAAAGUCCCUCAAUUUGAUGGAAUUACACUUGAUGGACGCCAACAGGAUUCUUGCAAAAGAGAUGAAGCACAAUCAGGAGAAUGCUUGUGACGUUAGGAUGUCAAUUACUAGAAUGGGGGACAUUGAAAGGGAAGUCACAGAGAGAGAGUCGCAUAUGAACAAAUGCAAAAGAUUCAGAGACAUUUUGUUCAAGAUGGCUUCUUUGAUGCAGAUAGAGGAAGACGCUUUCAUCCAGUCGCUAACACACAGCAGUGAGGAGGGGAUGGAGGUAAACGUCUCUGAGGAGCUAAUGGCUCUGGUGACAAAUUUGUCGGACCAGAAUCUGUUGCAGGUCAACGCCACAGAAAGACGGAAGGAAACACUGGACGAGCGCCAGACCAAUCUGAAGAAAAUACAAGAGAAAGGAAACGAUCAAAUACACGAUUUGGUGUUGACCAAAUUGGAGGAUAUGAUCAACAAAGACGAGGGGAGACUCGCCACACUCAAACGUCUGGUUGCAUUCACUCCAUCGUUAUCCGUGGACGACGACGAUGUAGAGUGGGACACUCUUAGCAGGAAGGUGACAGGAGUGUAUGAGUCCUGCAUGGGUAGGAAUCAUGUCUGCAACGCCACUGAAAUGCUCUGUAAAAUUGAGGGCCAUGUUUUGGUGCUGCUCGAUCAACUCGAAAGCCUCCCUCAAGAUGCACUGAAGACACUGAGGAGGCUCAUCCUGGCCGACAGGAUCAAAAAGAACACCGAGGAAAACCUGAAACAUCAACAGUUGAGAGAACUGGAAACGAAGGAGAAGUGUCUGAAAAGGCUGAUGAGCGACGUCAAGAAGAGGACCGGAAGAAAAUUGAUGUUGAGAUCCAUGAUCCCCGACGAUCGCAAAACCAAAGACGUGGAGGAGAGGCCGCAGACACCCGAGGAGAUUGUUUGGGACAAAGAGACGUGCGAAAAGGAGGAGAAGUCUGCUGUUGCCGCCCUGUGGGAGGAUUGGAGAUUGGCGAAGGCUGAAAAGGAGGCUAAACUGGCCGAGCAGUGCAAGAAGAAGAUGGAGGAGGAGAGUGCUGCAAUGUCUCACGCCCACAUCCCGACAAGGCGUUCGAACAGGGAAGGGUCUGGUCCCAAAUUUGGUGCAGUUGCCUUCAGGAUUCCCUCUGCCAGUACCAAGCGCCCACUGCCCAGACCUUCCAGGCCUAAACUUUCCAAAACUAAUUUCACCAACAGCUCAAGCAAGGAGGAAACGAGGAUCACACAACUACAACAGACCUGCCCCGUGUGUCAUCCGUUUGCAGCGGCCAGCGGCAACGAGCUGGAUAAACCAGCUAAGGUUGAAAAACCCAGGCUUGAUCUCUCGACCCUGCUCAGAAUGAGGAGACUAUAUUAAUCCAUAAUAUUUAUCAUAUUGAGUAUAUUUCUUGAGUGUGUUCGAUUCAGGUUUUCGCCGGGUGUUGC